GCACGCACGAUGCAUUACGCGUUGCACAUACUGUUCCACUGCAUCGCGCUCUGGUGCGCGAUAAGCGGAGGGGAAACGGCGCGAAGCUCAGUUAGUCCCGAGAUCCUGGCGAACUUCGCCAAGAACGUGGCCUCGGUGAUAUCACCGGCGAUAUUGAGCGACGUGCAGCAACGCAACAACCGGUCGUCCUACCAAUCCAUCCUGGCGAUACCCAUCCGUUUCAACGGCGACGACCCGGACUCGCCCUCGACCUUGGACAACGUGGUCGACAAGACGACGAAUGCAGCCAGGUACUACGAACCUCGCUCAAACCCUUACCCUUACAACGGACUCUACGACAACCCUCCGACGAGGGUGGAAGAGCCGCGAGUGAGCGGAGGUCUAGGACAGUCUUUGUCGGACGAGGAAUAUUAUCUACGUCAAGGUCAACCGAACUUCAACAAUCGAGCUUACAACUUCCCGUCGAAUGGUAACUUCAGGGCGACUGACAAGUCCACUAUCAAUGACGACGUGGACUCGUCGAUCGGUAGCAUCGAGCAGUCGCCCACCAAUCAGUACUCCGCCUACGCCGGCGGCUUCCGACCUUAUCUAGGAGGAAAACCCUACGGAGACUUCCAUGGGUCUUAUGGACCUUACGGACAUUUCCACCAUUAUAAUGACGACGACGGUAGCUCGGAGGAGAACGCACGAGUCGAGAACAACGGCACAAACCAUCAUGGUUAUGGGCCACCAUAUUUCGGGCCCCAUGGCUACCACCAUGGGCCCUACGGCGGUCCGUCGUUCGCCUACGGCGGCUACCCUGGUUAUGGACCUUAUGGGCCCCAUCACGCAAACGGGAAUGACACCGACGGCAACGGGAACGGACGGAACAGACACUAUGGGUUUCACGGGCCUUAUCAUGGCGGUCCCGACUUCUAUGGGCCUCCUGGCUACGGCUAUGGGUACCACGAUAACGGGCACGGCGGCAACGGUAACGGUAACGCCAACGGCAACGGUAACGGCAACAGCAGGCAAACGGAGGAGCCGGCCGGCAACGGCGAUCGCGGCAACUCGUCAAAAAACGGCUACCCGCAUCCUUAUGGGCCCCCUUUGAAGCCGUUCUUCCACCACCACGGUUUUCCGCCCCCGUUCAACAUUCUGCCCUACGACCACUUCCACUUCAAGGGCGGCCCUGUGGCCGGGGUUGGCCACGGUGGCUAUCCCAUCUUUGCCGAUCCGUAUCUGAUUGGCUUUCCGUUCCAUUUUCCUUACGGUCCUUACGCUCACGGUAAGAAGUACCUACCGCCGAAGGACAAGCCAGCCGACUCCGGUGAGUCGGACGACCAGCCGGAGAACUCGGCCGGAGAACUCACGGACGACGAGAACCCCGAAAGGAUAACCGCGGUCAAUCAGGAUGAGGUGGCGCCAGCUUCCACCUCGAAUCGAUACAACACGCAGCGGAAGAGCCUGAAGCAGCUCGGCCUGGUGAACUUCCAGAGCCGGAAAGCCUGAUGACGUCGACACCUCGCGAUUCACGGCAUGAUUCACGGAGGCGAAAUUGAAAUAUAGAUUUAGGCACGUAAAGUUAAAAAUGCGAUAUGGUGGAAGAAUUGUCGUUGCGUUUUUGGCUGAAUUCUCGAUACAAAAAGUUAAAAACGAAUUAAGCAAAGCUCCCAAUAGCCGCUCUUACCAGCAUCGAUCGAAGCUUAAUUGUUAUUUAAACUCUAUUUGGACGAAGAUUUAAAUUCACGAUGGCGGUCAUGUGAUCUUCUUCUGAAACGUGAAAAGUUUCACGUAAAGUUAACGAUUUGAACUUUUCGCCGAAAGUGCGAAACUUUUCACAUUCUUGAUCUUUGGAGAAAGUUGCAUGAUAACCGCCUCUUCUGGAUGACUUUUGCAGUCUUUAAAGUAGACCUUUUUCGUGCGCGCGUCUCAAGAUCUUGAAAUUAAGUAAAGAUAAAAUAAAUGAAUAUACAACAAUAUGAAACCUCCGCCGCGUUAUUAUAACAGCAUCUCGGAUUGCGAGGCUUCAUCGACGUUGCCGGUAACGACUGUCAGUGUAAUUUUAACGCUUCGAGCGCAACGGCCGUUGAAGCGCAAGUUCAGCCGAGAAUGCAAGAGAAGCGUCGCUGAUGAAUAUGCUAUAAGACAAACCAUCUCCGUCGCAAGUCCACGAGAUUCUUCCAGCCGGCGAAAUAACGUGAUUUACAUGCUGAUCGUUGGCUCAUUAUGUAUUCCGUUGAAAGAUACAAUAAAGUUGGUAAUGUUCACUGGGAAGGUUAUGAACUUCAUCCACCGCGGGCGCAGCGACUCCGUCACGAAGACGC